UAAGGCACAUGCCUUGUUUCGCACACACCUUAAAUCUUAUAGUGAAGGAUGGCCUGUCUGCAGUUGCUGAGCUAACCGAAACCAGAGAGAAGGUGAAGAGAAUUGUUGGACAUUUUAAGAGCAGCUGUGUCUCUAUGGAGAAACUUUCAAAAUAUCAGCGGGAAAUGAAGCUUCCAGAGUACAAACUUGUACAAGAAGUUGAAACCAGGUGGAACUCCACAUGCUCGAACGCUUCCUAGCCGUUAAAGUCCCACUGUCUGCUGCCUUAUCAACAAUAGAUGCUGGACUGCCAGUCCUCUUUAGCUCUGACUGGGAUGCGAUUGAAAGUGCUGUGAGGAUUCUCCAUCCAUUCUUUCAGGUAACAGAGGAGAUCUCUGCAGAGCUCAAUGUAACAGCAUCCAAAUGCAUUCAUAUGGUUCGAAACCUACAGAAGGUCACCACAAGUAUGAUGCAGCAACAAGAAAAAGGUAACAUUGGAUAUCGUCUUGCAGAAGCUCUGAAUGGUACCCUUCAGCGUAGAUGCAGUGCCUAUGAGACUUCACGUCUUCUGUCAAAAGCAACCAUCCUCGAUCCGUGCUUCAAAACACUCGGAUUCAUAAGUCCACAGAAGGCUGAUGAGGCUGUGAAGAGCCUCUCAUCUGAAGGUGCAAUGUUUGUUUUAGAAGGACAGGCACAAGCAUCUACACCUUUAGCUUCUUCAACAGCAAAUGAACUUUGGCAUGAUUUUGACACUCAGGUUUCAUCACAAAAUCCUAGACAAGAUUUUUUAACUGAACUCAAACUGUACCUGGCAGAGCCCAACAUUGUUCGAACAGAAUGUCCUAUCCAGUACUGGAGUGCGAAAGAAGCAAAGUUUCAUUUGCUUCGUGAACUUGCAAGAAAAUACCUCAGUGUGCCAGUUACCUCAGUACCAAGUGAACGGAAUUUAGAUGUCCUACAUGAGAGCGGAGCUCGAUCGGUUUCAGGGUCGUAG